UCUUUGACCAUCCCUCCCCCGCCCCUCAUCAGCAAACUAGGGAGUACUUCACCAUUGCUUUGUGAAAAUAACAGAAUGCGAGAGCUUGUCUAUACAUUUGGCCAAAACGCGUCCUCCAACAGUGUACGUCCUAAUCCCUUCAAUUAUCUUCCCACAUCCACCCUCUUUCCAGCAAAUAAACCUCGGAACUAAGUUGAAAUCUGUCACUUACUUCGCUCCUCCUACCAGCGGCCUAUUGCUUCUGCCCUCCCCAGUGAACCCAACCUAGUUCCUCUUCCCAGUCCUCCCAUUUCUCAAGAAAGACAACCACCUCUGUUUUUUUCAGGGCUUUAAGUGCUAGGUGUGGUUUCUUCCUCGGCAUCCAACCAGCGACCCUCCCCACCCAGGACAGACUUCCACCUCGGGAACCGCCGACCGCGCAGCGGCCCCAGCACCCGCAGCCACCCUUUCCCCGGAGCGCCACUUCCGGAUCUCGGGUGUUUCCCCUUUACGGUUCCCCCCACCCCCUCAGACACCUCCUAGAUCUUUAUACUAACUAGCAGGGUCGCAGCUGGGACCCUGGCUAGCCGAACGCAACAGUCCUUCUCCACGAAGAGGCGCAGAGUAGCUUCUCUAGCCUGAGAAAUUCGGUCCGGCUGCGUAGAGUGGCGGCCGUGGAGGGACACUUUGUUUUGAACACCAAGUAGGGCACACCCGGAAGUGGCGCGGUACAGGAGCAGCGCUGCCGGCGGGGGUGGGUGCCAGGGACCUGGAGGUGGAGGGGACGCGGCGGUACUCUGGCGUCUUCCGACUUUGACUCCUUACCUUAAAAGAUGCUGGAGUCAUAUGUAACUCCAAUUUUAAUGAGCUAUGUGAAUCGCUACAUCAAGAACUUAAAGCCGUCAGAUCUACAGCUUUCACUAUGGGGUGGAGACGUGGUACUUAGCAAGCUCGAGUUAAAGUUGGAUGUGCUGGAACAGGAACUGAAAUUACCAUUCACUUUUUUAAGUGGACAUAUUCAUGAAUUAAGGAUUCAUGUACCAUGGACAAAACUGGGUUCAGAACCAGUGGUAAUUACCAUCAAUACUAUGGAAUGCAUUUUGAAACUUAAGGAUGGGAUACAGGAUGACCAUGAAAGCUGUGGUUCUAAUUCCACAAACCGUAGUACUACUGAGAACACAAAAUCAUCAAUCAAACCACGGAGAAUUCAGCAGGCUGCUCCUACAGAUCCUGACUUACCACCAGGUUAUGUGCAGAGUCUGAUUAGACGAGUUGUAAAUAAUGUAAACAUUGUGAUAAAUAAUCUCAUAUUAAAAUAUGUUGAAGACGAUAUCGUUCUUUCAGUCAACAUCACUUCUGCAGAAUGUUAUACAGUAGGUGAAUUAUGGGAUCGUGCAUUCAUGGAUAUUUCUGCAACUGAUUUGGUGCUGAGAAAGGUUAUCAAUUUUUCUGACUGUACAGUUUGUCUUGAUAAACGGAAUGCCAGUGGUAAAAUAGAAUUUUACCAGGAUCCUUUAUUGUACAAAUGUUCCUUCAGAACUCGUCUUCAUUUUACAUAUGAUAACCUAAAUUCCAAGAUGCCAUCUGUUAUUAAAAUUCAUACUUUAGUAGAAAGUUUGAAACUUUCUAUCACAGAUCAACAACUGCCUAUGUUUAUUCGUAUAAUGCAACUUGGAAUUGCUCUUUACUACGGAGAAAUAGGCAGUUUCAAAGAAGGCGAAAUAGAGGACCCUACUUGUCAUAAUAAAGAUAUGCUAGGAAACAUUACAGGUUCUGAAGAUGAAACAAGAAUAGAUAUGCAAUAUCCUACUCAGUAUAAAGGUCAAGAGUUACAUUCACAGCAAGAUGAGGAGCAGCCACAGGGAUGGGUAUCAUGGGCCUGGUCGUUUGUGCCUGCAAUUGUGAGUUAUGACGAUGGCGAGGAAGACUUUGUUGGAAAUGAUCCUGCAUCAACCACGCAUCAGCAAAAAGCACAGGCUUUGAAGGAUCCUAUUGUUUCUAUAGGAUUUUAUUGCACAAAGGCAACGGUGACUUUCAAACUCACAGAAAUGCAAGCUGAGAGUAGUUAUUACAGUCCACAGAAAGUAAAAUCUAAAGAAGUAUUGUGUUGGGAACAAGAAGGAACUACAGUUGAGGCCCUUAUGAUGGGAGAACCUUUCUUUGACUGCCAGAUUGGGUUUGUUGGUUGCAGAGCCAUAUGCCUUAAAGGAAUUAUGGGUAUUAAAGAUUUUGAAGAGAAUAUGAAUAGAAGUGAAACUGAAGCCUGUUUCUUCAUUUGUGGUGAAAAUUUGAGUACUAAAGGUUUCACAUACCUUACAAAUUCAUUGUUUGAUUACCGAAGCCCAGAAAAUAAUGGUACUCGUGCAGAAUUUAUCUUGGAUUCAACUCAUCAUAAGGAGACAUACACUGAGAUAGCUGGAAUGCAACGGUUUGGGGCUUUUUAUAUGGAUUACCUGUAUACAAUGGAGAACACUAGUGGCAAAGGUAUUGGCUUCUUUCCUUUAUGUUUGCCAUUUCUUGAACAACUGAAACAAAGCCUUCCUCAGAAUCAGUUCAUCCUUGACUGGUUGUACUCUGCUACAUAAGAUUUACCUCUAGCGCUUUGGGGAGUGGUUUAAUUUUAACGUCAUGUUAGAAUUGUCUUAGAUUCUUGUCAUUUCAAAUCCGUUCUUUAUAUAGCUGAUUGAAGAUAUUUUAUGUAACCUAUUGUUCUCAUAUGUACCAUAUAUUAUGAUUCUGAUACAUCAAAUAUUAUAUUACAUUACAUUUUUAAAAAGAAUAAACCUUUUCUAUUCUAAAUACAUUUUGAAGGUGGUACUAAUUUUUAAUUAAAAAGAAUGUGUUGUAUCAAUCAG